UAAAAAAAUUAAUCCCGCGAUCAGAUCGGGGAGAAGCCCAACCGCAUCCUCGAGGGAAGAAAGAUCGCCAUGGACGCAGAGAUCGCCGGAGCCACGGCGGAGACUCGCGAUUGGUCGGAGAUGACUCCCGUUCUCCUCGUCAACGUGUUCCGCAGGCUCAGUUUGGAGGAUCGGUGGCGAGGUGUGAUGUUUGCUUGCAAGACAUGGCUGGAAGCCGCCAGAGACCCUGCGCUCUUCGAAUCAUUCGAUCUCGAGCCCUUCUUUGGUAGAUUUUCCGAUGCGGCCACUUGGUGGACGCCGGCUUUCCAGCGCCGGGUAGACUCGAUGGUUCGGUUGGUUGCUGUUGUUGGGGGGCCGACGUUGAGGACAGUGAGAGUCCGGCACUGUUCCGAUCGGGCUCUUGAACUCGUCGCUGAGAGGUGCCCUAAUCUUGAGAUUCUUUCAGUGAAAAAUUCCCAAAGUGUUACUGACACAUCUAUGAUCAAGAUUGCACUUGGAUGUCAUAUGCUUACCGAAUUGGAUAUAAGCAGCUGUUAUGAAAUUUCUUACAAGUCACUUGAGUUAAUUGGUCAAAAUUGCCCUAAUCUGACAGUUCUCAAGAGAAACCUAUUGAACUGGCUUGACCCUUCACAACAUGCAGGUAUAGUUCCUGAUGACUAUAUCAAUGCAUGCCCUCAAGAUGGAGAUAGGGAGGCUUUGGUUAUUGCAAAGUUCAUGCCUAAACUCAAACACCUUGAACUCCGCUUCUCCAAACUGUUCAUCAAUGGUCUGAUUUCAAUUUCUGAAGGAUGUACGGAUAUAGAAACACUUGAUCUGUUUGGGUGUGUGAACCUGACAAGCAGGGCAUUGGAUCAAACAUCGAAAAAUAUGAAAAAUCUGAAGGUACUUGUGAGGCCAAAUUUUUACAUUCCAAGAUCAGUCUUCCAUACGGAAAGAUAUGGACAUUGGCGAUUGUAUGAUGAAAGGUUUCAGACCAAUGUGUUUCAGAUCUGAUCGAGCUUGGAAAACAGUUACCAUGUCUUGUUCAACAAUUAAUCUCUUUGACAAUGGAAACAGGUAACAACUAUACUUUCACUCACAAGUGAUAUAUAUAUAUGAUGAUCAGCCAAAGCACACUACUGUUGUAGAGUUUGAUGUGCUUGGUGUGAAAUAGAAUAUGUUGUUCCAGUACCAUAUAUAUAAUAUGUAUUCCUCUGCAACUCAUUACUAUGAAAUACUGGUUGUUUUCUGGUAAAGCCACGAUCGUCAACAUUCAUCAUGCUUUCUUGGGCUAUUGUUUAUCUGAUCAUUUUUUUUU